UUGGUGGGGCACGGAUGGACAGAUCAUAUCCCUCCUUUCUCUUUUGUAGUCAAGGAAGGAGAAAGAUGGCGCCUACACAUGUACUGAGAUGCUGCCAGAGGGGUCUGGCGUGGAUACCGGUGAUAUUUAUUGCCUUAGUGGUGUGCUGGUCGUAUUAUGCGUACGUGGUGGAGCUGUGUCUGUUUACUAUUCCCAGCACUCUUGAAAAGGUUGUCUACCUGGCUGUGUUUCAUGUGUCGUUCAUCAUGUUUGUGUGGUCGUACUGGAAAACCAUCUUUACAAGACCAAGCACCCCUUCCAAAGAGUUCUGUCUACCCAAAUCUGAGAAAGAACAGUAUGAGAAGGAACAGCGUCCAGAAACUCAGCAGGAGAUCCUGAAGAGAGUGGCCACCAGUCUGCCCCUCUACACCCGCACCGGGGCAGGAGCUAUCCGGUACUGUGAUCGCUGCCAGGUCAUCAAGCCAGACAGGUGUCAUCAUUGUUCUGCAUGUGACAUGUGUGUUCUAAAGAUGGAUCAUCACUGUCCAUGGGUGAAUAACUGUGUGGGUUUCUCCAACUACAAGUUCUUCAUCCUGUUCCUGACUUACUCGCUUGUUUACUGCUUAUUCAUCGCAGCCUCUGUCCUCCAGUACUUCAUAAAGUUCUGGACACUUUGCCGGAGGAAAUCGGCAGAGAAUUGUCCAAAGAGUGACCUGCCAGAGUCUCACGCCAAAUUCCAUGUCUUGUUUCUCUUUUUUGUGGCGGCCAUGUUCUGCAUCAGCAUUCUUUCACUCUUCACUUACCACUUGUGGCUUGUGGGAAAAAACAGGUCCACCAUAGAAGCGUUCAGAGCCCCGGUCUUCAGAAAUGGCCCUGAUAAAAAUGGAUUUUCCCUGGGCUUCAGCAAGAACAUUGCUCAGGUGUUUGGGGACCAGAAGCUGUACUGGCUACUUCCUGUCUUUACCAGUCAAGGAGAUGGCUUUUCUUUUCCUACACGGCUGGUUACUGUUGAUCCAGAGCAGCCCACUGAAUGUCUCCAGCCUGGCGGGUUGGAUAAAGGUGCUGUAGAAGGGUCUGCUGAGCAAACCACCCCUCUUAGUGAGUCCCAAAACCAUCUGUUAGGCAACGAUUACCACAUUGAAGAAGAUCACAAAGAGACCGACAUCUUAAAGUCUGAUGAAAGUGAGGCCAUCACUAUCUCCAUUGAGAGCGAGUCAUAGCCAGGACUAAAGCUGGUGAGGGGUGAAUCCUCAGUGGUCUCGUGCCUUUGACUCCCAGUAUUGGGGACUGUUGAGGAGAAUCACAGCCAUCAAAGCUGAUGCCUUAAACAGCUCUUUUUCUCUGAAAGCUCCUGAACACUUUCCUUUGCCCAUCGCUUCUGGAGUGUCCCAAAUCUGUCCUCACAUCUGUAGAAAUGCUCCCAGUCCCCGUUCAACUAUAGUAGCUGCACUCUUUUAACAAAGAGAUUUGCACGCAUGUCUUUUACAUCCAUUGUUUUUGUACAGCAAACUGUUUUGUUGCUCAGGCCUUCACGAGACAUGCAGAUUUCAUGUGCAUGUGAAUUGAUACAGGCGCUAGAAAUUUCGAAACUGCUCUCCAAGUGUUUAUCAGGAAAUGCACCACAUCUGGUACCAACUGCUGUUUACUGGAGGGAAAGAUGGGAAAUGUUUUAUUUUCUGGAUCCAUACCAAGUCAACGGUGUGACUGAGCUCAUCUGGAGUGUUGAUGGCUCCAGAGUUAAUGGACACCUCAGAGCGCAAGGUGCUCAUUCGCGCACUUACGUUAUGGAAUAUUAUACUUUUUUUCUUUUUUUUUUUUUUUUUUUAAACUUCAUUAACAUUUUUCUAAUAUAUACACACACACACACAUACAUGUUCACAAAGUGCAACAGAGUGUGUCCAGGCAGAGGAAAAAUGCCUGCAAAUGACUGAAUUUCUUUUUUGUGUAUUCUUAAGCUGCUCCACUUAUGGUGACUUUUUUUAUUUUUUUUAUUUUUUUUUUUGUCGUCAUCUUGAGAUGAUUCUGGUGUGAAAUGUUGUGCACAUUUUACGUAUGCCAUAUAAAGGGCUUAAUACCAGAGCUCUGAACUCUACAGGAGUGUUUACAAAAUGUCAGUAAUACCUCUCUGCUCAUGCAGUGUAGCCAGUGUCAUCUUGGAAACCAAAUUGAAAUCUUUGUAGGUUCCUCCUGCAGUGUCAGAACUGGCCAGCAGGCGGCAUUUACACUGCUUGAUAUUGUGUUACGCGGUGCAGUCAAUGGUCUUUGGUAUUGUACCACCAGACUUUAUUAGUCUCAGUCCUCGAUUAAAUUAUGUUUUUACCAUUUUUCCCUUUAUAUUUUAUACAUUAGCAUUGUGAAUAGCUCUAUAGAUUCAGAGUACUUAUUUUUAAGCCAUUUUGCAAAGCGGUGAAAUGUUCUUUUUGUGUAUUUAUAUUUGUCACAAGUUAUUAUUUGUAUACUUUGGUCCAGUGUGGAAUAAUAAUUGUGCCCGUAAGCUGUGACUGUAGCCUGAACUUAUGUGGAACUGAUGUGUGGAAAAUUGGAAAUCCAGAUGUGUUUAUGUACUACAAAGUGAACUGCGGUGAUUGCUUCAUUUGUGUUCUGACUUUUCUAAAGAAAUGCCUUGACAAAUCAAGACAUAUGUGCAGGUGCGCAUCUGAGUGAUGCUGUUCUGGAGUGUUUGUUGUAAAUGAGGGUGAACCAAGUAAAUUAACUAGUAAAAAGAGACAAAAUAUCUCCAUACAGAAAAACAAAUGAGUCUUUCAUGAAUUUAGAUAGAUGGAUGAGUUUUAUUUAUACACCUACAGCAUUUAAUGGCAAACUUCACUGUCUCAGAUCUGACUUUGAAUGGCUUGUAAGUAUUACCAGAUGGUUUUUAUUGUUCUUUAAAACAUCUUUGACUGUUUAUGUGCUGAGUAAAAUCUCAGUUUAUCACUUUUACCAUCAGUGACCAUAUUUUUGACUUUCAGCACAUUUAUGAAGAUUGCUGGUGUUUACAAUGAUUGCAGGAAGUAAUGUUGUAUGUGAAAUGUUGUAGCGGUUUUUGUGGUGUUAAGGAAUGCAUAUAUUGGUAAAGAAUGUUUUAAUGUUUUUUUAUUUUAGUCUUUUGGACAGCCUUCUUAUAUGAAUUAUGAAUUACACAGCCUUUAUAAUAUUGUUCAUAUUUUCUUUCUUUUUUUGCCAUUCAUUACAUUUUAUACUUUAUUAAUAA